GCGAUGAACGAACCUAAACGAAGUUAACCGAGUCAUAGCGUAAUCGGCCGAAGCACUAAGCUAGGUGGUGGGGUAUCAAGAAGGCUCAGUGUCUCGGUUCAGUCGAGCCAGCGUCGUGGUUGGAAUCGGUUUUGGGUGAGUGACGGGUACCGUCUCUCUCUCGGCGGGGAGGGGAGAGUAGAAACUCUCUCGCAGGUCGUUCCAAGGCAGCCGCUCUUUAAUCGCGCGUACACGAGGUAGUCCAGUCGAUGGUGGCCAGCUGCCGGAGUGAGGUUCAGUAUCGCAGCUGCGCGUCUUUUCUCUCCUCCCCUCGCUCGCUUCUUUUCCUUUUUCUCUCUUUCUCCCUCCCUUCCUUUUCUUCUUCUUCUCCUCUCUCUCUCUCUCCCUCUUUCUUUCUUUCUCUCUUUCUCUCGAAUACAUAUCUCAUUGGUUAUCCCUUUCCUCUCUUCCGACUUAUCUUUGAGUCCUUUACCAUUCUAGCGCACACUAUCAAUCCUCUUAUAUUAACCUAUCAUUCUCGUGUUACGCACGGCUCCAUCUGAGAUCUCUUUACCAUCCUCAUUCUCGUCCUCGUCCUCGUCUUUAUCCUCGUCGUCGUAGUAGUCGUCGACGUCGUCGACGUCGUCGUCGUCGUUGUCGUCGUCGUCGUCGUCGUCGUCGUCGUCGUCGUCGUCAUCGUCAUCGUCAUCGUCGUCGUCGUCCUCGUUUCCCGUCGCAUCGCACGCAGUGGAUUUCGCGACACGCGUCGCGAAAUAUUGUUCUUCUAUCUCAUUAGCAGAGCAUUACUCCCGAGAAUAUUACCACUGAAAUAGAAGAGCAAGGGAGAGUGAGAGAGAGAGAGAGAGAGAGAGAGAAACAACAGGCGAACAGACAGACAGAGGGUAGUAUAACACAGUGAAAAUGCGGUGGUUGGUGGUGGUGGUGGUAACGACAAGUGCAACACCGAAAUAAAGAGAGUAAGAGAGAUAGAGAAGGAAAGAAAUAAAGAAAGAAAGACGAACAGUCUGGAAGCAGUCAGAUAGAAAGAAAGAAAGAAAGGUGGGGCGUUGACGGAAGGAAAAAAAGAGGUAAGGAAAAGGAAGAGGAAAAAGAUAAAAGUAUACACUCUCGACGAACCGUAUCCCCAAGGCGAGAUUUAUCAUCGACAGGAGUAGUAGUGUUAGUUAGAGAAAAGGAGAAGGAGAAAUCUACUGGUCGUCCUCGUCCCUUAAAAGGAAAAAGAAGGAGAAGUAAGUGUAGGAGAAGGAGAAGGAAGAGGAAGAGGAGGAGAGGAGGUGGCGGAGGAGGUGAAGGAGGAGCAGCAGAAGCAGCAGAGCCGUUUUUUAGCCUUUCGUUAGCCACAGCGGAAGUUAUGACGGAGACGCGUGCUAGAGAAGGAAGUAUUAUCCGCGCGCAUGUGUCCAGUGGGUUAUAAUAGUGAAUACGAGGAAGUGGCCCUUGGAAAUCUGGAUAAUUUGUUUUCUACAUCUACGGGGCCUGAAUUAUCUCGUGUCAGGAUGGCGCUCGCGCGACUUGCGGUGAGCGACUGUGCGCCCCAAACGUCGCGGGUCAGCUCGAAUUUGCACAGCAGCAGUAGUAUGGCAGUAAGCCGCGUUCCGAGCCCACCGCCGCCGGAAGUGAACACCCCUGUUGCCGAGAAUUGGUGUUACACACAGGUGAAGGUGGUCAAAUUCAGCUACAUGUGGACGAUAAAUAACUUCAGCUUCUGCCGUGAGGAAAUGGGAGAAGUUCUCAAGUCGUCCACCUUUUCGGCUGGAGCCAACGACAAAUUGAAAUGGUGCCUAAGAGUGAACCCUAAGGGUCUGGACGAGGAGAGCAAAGACUACCUGUCCCUGUACCUCCUUCUUGUUUCCUGCAAUAAAUCAGAAGUCAGGGCAAAGUUCAAAUUUUCUAUUCUUAAUGCCAAAAGGGAAGAAACCAAAGCAAUGGAGAGUCAACGAGCGUACAGGUUCGUUCAGGGUAAAGAUUGGGGCUUUAAAAAGUUCAUUAGGAGAGAUUUUCUAUUGGACGAAGCCAAUGGGCUCUUGCCGGACGAUAAACUCACGAUAUUCUGUGAGGUCAGUGUGGUCGCAGACAGCGUUAACAUUUCCGGACAAAGUAACACGAUACAGUUCAAAGUACCGGACUGUCGGUUGCCCGACGAUCUUGGUCUUUUAUUUGAAAACCAAAAAUUCAGCGACGUCACGCUGACCGUUUGUGGAAGGGAAUUUCAGGCGCACAAAGCCAUUCUCGCGGCACGAAGUCCCGUUUUUUCGGCGAUGUUCGAACACGAGAUGGAGGAGAGGAAACAAAAUCGGGUGGACAUUACCGACGUUGAUCACGAAGUGCUGCGGGAAAUGUUAAGAUUUAUAUAUACCGGGAAAGCGUCGAAUCUUGAAAAAAUGGCGGACGAUCUUUUAGCAGCGGCGGAUAAGUAUGCCCUCGAGAGGCUAAAGGUAAUGUGCGAGGAAGCACUUUGUGGGAGUUUGGCCAUUGAAAAUGCAGCGGACAUUCUUAUACUCGCCGAUUUACAUAGUGCUGAUCAACUUAAAGCCCAGGCCAUAGAUUUCAUUAAUACACAUGCGACAGACGUAAUGGAUACAGCGGGAUUUAAGUCUAUGGUAAAUUCCCAUCCGCAUCUGAUAGCCGAAGCCUUCCGUGCGUUAGCCACUCAACAAAUUCCACCUAUCGGACCACCAAGGAAACGAGUGAAACAGAGCUGAAAGCAAUCACCCCUUACUCCGGGCACAACAUCCACGUCGCCCCCACCACUUCUGCAUCCUUCAUGACUUUUGUGUACAGUGAUGAUUACGAGGUAGUGCUAAAUAAAUGUUUCCUAGUGUGCGGCA